AUGUUUAUUACUUUACUUCGGCAUGGCGAGAGUGAAGGCAACAUGUUGCAAUGCUGGCAAGGCAUUACCGAUGGCCCGUUAACGGUUGUUGGACAACAGCAAGCAACGUUAGCUAUGCAAGAGUUGAAAAAGUACAAGUUCACUACUAUCCUGUCAAGUCCAUUACAACGCGCGUUGGAAACGGCCAAAAAAGUUCAUGCAGCUCUACCGGAACCGAGACCCGAGCUUGUUGUGGAACCAUUAUUGACGGAAUUGGAUAUGGGCAGUCUUGAGGGCCAAUCAUGGAGUGUACCUAAUCCUAUCCAUACAAGAGAUACUCCGUUUCCAGGUGGAGGAGAAUCAUUGAAUGACGUGUAUUUACGUGCAACGCGUUUCUUGGUGCAACAUUUGGAGCAAGUGGAUGAUGAAGAAGAAGGGCACGUAUUGGUGGUUUCGCAUGGGAUGUUUUUGACGGAACUAGUACAUGCUUUAUGCAGCCGUUAUGGAUAUGGAUGGAUCGAUUUGAGAUGGUCUAAUACUGGGAUUACCACAUUACGGUGUACUAUAGACAAUGGAUUAGAGUUGAUUCGAGUGAAUGAUACCCAACAUGUAAAGCAAAUGUACUUGUAA